GGUAGUCUAUGGUAGUUUCUGAUUGGCAAUUUCUAUUUUCUAAUGUAAAUUGUUGAUAAACUUAUCACUUGCGAAAAGCAAAAAUAUAAAUACUGCUGGCUUGUUCAUUGUUGUAAACCUCCAAUUAGAGAAAAUAUCUACACUAACUUUUAGUGUUGUUUUAUUAUAGAAUAUUUUUACAUACUAAUUCAAAAUAACACCAGUCCUGGAGACUACGUCCUUGAAAAUGCCAGCAGUUACUUCAACAACUGCUGAAGAACAAAAUGAGGGCGAUCAGAAGAUGUGGAAUGCUCUCAAACGCUACAUUAUACGAGAAAGACAAAGAAAAAAAGAAGAAUAUGAAGCCGAGGUGGAGGAGGAGAGACUAAGAAAAGAGCGGGAAGCUAGAGAACGACAAGAUGUUAUGACACUUGAGGAAACAAAGGAGCAAAUUGAUCAACUUGAACAAAAGUUAAAACAACUAGAAAAAGAGAAACAACAACUGUUUAUGCAAUUGAAGCGAGUACUGAAUGAGGAUGAGGUUAGAAAGAGACAGCAACAAAAGGAAGCAAAUGAAAUGCAACCAAUGAAAAUGCCAAUGGGUAAUAUACAAAUGCCGAUGUUUCCGAUGCCAUCGUCCCAGGGGCAAGGGGAGCCACCACCUCAAGGCCGACCACCUCAUCUUAAUUCUCAUAUGCUUAAUAAGAAAGCGUACUCAAAGUACAAAUUGUUUCCACAACAGCAAACUAUUGUACGUGGUCCCAUACAGUCUGGUGUCAAACGGCAGAGGUCCCCAUCACCCACAUACGCCUUGUAUGCCCAUCGGCUACACCAGCCGGCUAUGAAACAGCACACUGUAUACUCCGAUCAUAAAGUUGAGGAUGGUCGAAUGGGCCGCCAAAUGGCUCGAGCGGUUUUGUGGAACAAAACAUCUCAAUAUGCGUCAAAUGUCAGCGGUUCCGGUGUUUCCUCUGGGGGGUACUACGCGAUGCCGACAAGCGUUGUGGGCGUGGUCACUGAGCGUCCACCACCUCUGCUGUACGCUCAUCAUGCGCAUACUCCCCACACUCCACACACGCCCCAUACCCCGCAUCAUUCGAACCUGAUGUAUGCGCCGGCGCCCCAGUCGCAGCUAUAUUUGGAUAUGCUGAAGAAUAGGGAGGGGCAGCAACAUCCGGAGCCCAAGAAGGAUCAGCAGGCUCCACAAGUGUUAAUAGGGCUGAGUGAAGCCCACCAUCCAGCAGUUAGUAGCGGAGUUGUUUAUGCGCAACCGCCCGUGUCCCGUCAUCUGGCCAUACAUCCACCGCAACACAACACAAUACAGGCAAAACCUGGCAGCAUCACUCAAGGCUAUCCCGUCCAGCAGUCAAAUCCAAACGUACAAAACCCAAACAUAUAUCCAAGCAGACAUCGUUAUUAGCUGGUUGGCAAACACUCCACCAAACCGCGAAAGAUUUAGACGGUUUUGUAAUUCGUAAAUGUUGUAUUAAAAUAUAUAUAAGAA